AACCUAAUUCAAAAUAUUCCAAAUUAAUUUUUUUGUGGAUACCGGUUGGCGUUUAUCAAAAUAUUCAUAUCAAUAAAUCAAAUCAUUACCGAAACAGCAAGACACUGAAUAGUGWGUACACUGUCGUGAAGUUUGUGUGGUCGGCCGGUAAAAGAUCUCCGACGAAAAUAAAUUUUGGAAUUGUCAAUAAUCCCGGAGUUUCGAACAAAUACGAGACACGUCGCUGUCCUAUAAUGAUUACAGACGUUCAAUUAGCUGUAUUUGCCAAUGUAUUGGGUGUCGGCUUAUUUCUUCUAGUUGUUCUCUACCAUUACGUCACGGCUAAUUUUUCAUCAAAAUAAUUUUUAUUAAUAUCAAUAUGAAUUACAUUCCGGUGAGCUGCAAUAUAUAGCAAGAUGUUCAACUACGGGUUGGAUAUCAUUCCAUACUUAAAAUAAAAUGAAAUAAUACUCAAUUUAUAUUUCAAUGUUUGAUUAUGAAUUCUUCAAACUUCAUCCAUCAGUUCAAUGUUAACAGAAAAUUAAUUUAAAUUUAAAAAAUGUAUGCAGGGUCAUUCAAAUUAUACAAAUUUUUAAUUUUGAG